CUAAAAAUGCAAGUAAAUGCAAGCGUUACUUCAAACAUUCUCUAGCAGCCUAACGAUAUUCUAACUCAUCCUUGUGAAUACGAUCAGUCAGGAGUCGUCAUGAAAUUCUCCAUGAUGUUGGAUAUCUGUCUUUUUGCCACGAUGAUAUAUCUUUCUGCAGAACAAGGUCCUUCCCGACAUGCAGUAGAAAUAUGCGACAACGAACAGGCCACCAUACGCUGUCGAGAAAGGAUAGUGGUUGAAUCCGCACGUUACGGCCAAGCAAGAGGAAACAGAUGUGGCGCAGAGGUCCACGGUAACUGUGAGAGGAAUGUAACUAACAUAGUUAAAGGGUUAUGCAACAAUAAGGCAACGUGUCAGAUUCAACCUGUUCAGCUGUUCGCUGACCCCUGUCCAGGGACAGUGAAGUCCGCGGAGGUUAUUUAUAUUUGUCAUUUCUGGCUUUUCUAGUAGAGUAGGACACUUGUAACCUGCUAUUAAAUGAUAUCUUUGAGA